GGGGGCGUGUUGCGCACGUUCUUGCUGAAGUUGGGCAGCUUUGCAGAUUGAGAAGGGAGGCACGGAGGUACACUGAGGAGACCUCAUUCAGGUGUUUAGAGGAGUUGGCAGUGGACAUGCCCAGGCCUGUAUACCAUCAUUGACACCGGGAUUCAUCUCUUUACCGGGUUUAAGUGCGCAAAAUGAACGGAACAGCGGACAUCUGCAACCACUGUCGGAACAUGAUAAGAGUGAAGGAAAAAGGAAUGAAGAUGUCAAGACGUAUAUCAACAGGACCAAGUUCAUUUAUUCCAGAAAAUGAGAUCAUAGAAGCUGCGCCCCUGAGUGACCCCUCAGCGAUGUACUUGGAUGAAGAGUAUAAUGGGCGUGUCGAUAACCUGACACAGGUGAUGGGGCUCCACCCACAUUACCUGCAAGCCUUCCUGCGGUGUCACUAUUACCUCCUGAGGAUGGACGGCCCCCUACCACUCCACUACAGACAUUACAUCGCUAUAAUGGCCGCGGCACGACAUCAAUGUUCGGCGCUGGUGUGUCAGCACGUGCAGGAGUUUGAGCAGAUAGGCGGGUGUUCUGAUUGGCUGAGAGGUUUGGAGUUCUGCCCGCAGCGGCUUCGCAACCUCAAUGAGAUCAACAAAAUCCUUGCGCACAGACCGUGGCUUAUUACCAAGCAACAUAUACAGGCUCUGGUGAAGACAGGGGAACACAGCUGGUCUUUGGCCGAGCUGGUUCAUGCGGUCGUCCUCCUGGCUCACUUUCAUGCCUUGUCUAGUUUUGUAUUUGGUAGCGGUGUCAACCCUGACCCUGAGGUCACAGAUGUCAGCGGCGUUUCGAAUGACCUUUGCCCCCCGGCUAUGGCGAGUUUGUGCACCUGCCACCUAUCAAACAGCAACCAGGCCAACAAAAACUCUCAGCGUAACGCUGGGAGUGAACUAGAAGCUCUGAUGGAGAGAAUGAAGCGACUGCAGGAGGAGAGAGAAGAUGAUGAUGCGUCAGAAGAGGAGAUGUUCACACGCUUCGAAAAAGAGAAGAAGGAGAGUCUUCUGGUUGUGUCUGCAGAGUUCGACGAGGAGGUUGUGCAUCCCUCUCCAGUGGCUCGGUUUGUGGACGACUCGUCGUUUGGAUACCAGGACUUUGCACGACAUGCAGAAGACAACCCACCCACCUUUAAAGCACAGGACUACUCAUGGGAGGAUCAUGGUUUCUCUCUGGUGAACAGGUUGUACUCUGACAUCGGCCACCUGUUGGACGAUAAGUUCAGAACCGCAUGUGACCUGACCUACUACAACAUGGCCAGUCACGAAGGGGUGGACACUAGUAUGCUGCGUAGGGCGUUGUUCAACUACGUCCACUGUAUGUAUGGAAUUAGGUAUGAUGAUUAUGACUACGGGGAAGUAAAUCAGCUGUUGGAACGGAGUCUGAAGGUUUACAUUAAAACGGUGACUUGUUACCCAGAGAGAACCACACGUCGCAUGUACGAAAGCUACUGGCACCAGUUCAGACAUUCAGAGAAGGUUCACGUGAAUUUGCUUCUCAUGGAGGCCCGAAUGCAGGCAGAAUUACUGUAUGCUUUGAGAGCUAUUACCCAUUAUAUGACCUGACAAAUCUGACUUUAUAUCCAUGACUCAUCUAAUCCAAAUUCACCCAAUAUAUGAGGGCUUUCAGAUUAUUGUAGGAUAAAUCGUCCUUGUGACUCAACCAAUCAGACUGAAUAAUUUUGAUUCGGAAAGCCACCUAAGACGAUGGCGGCGAUUCACAUAAAACAAGAUUGUUGGAGGGGAUGGGUCAUACAAAUCCCAACAUAAAAAUAGACUCGGCCGAUUAAGACUUGACCUGACCCCUGAACAGCGCAUGACAUCAUGACUUGACAAAUCACAUUUUAACGUGCAAUAUUUUCUCAUUGAAAACUCAUUUAUACUGUAAGCUAAAAUACUGGAGGAUUGUGUGUACAUCCUUCUUAAAGAAACCUUUUUUUUUGCACAUCUGAGAAAAUAAGUUUUCGAUAUACUGUUUUUUUUUGUUGUGUAAAUCACCAUAAAUGUUAACAACUGAAUGUGAGACUCCGGUGUGGAGUAAACUGCUUAAGAUGAUAAGACUUUUAUUUUGUUUUAAAGCUUUGUGCCUUUUUACAUUCUUUAAUGUACUUUAUUCACUUGUUCGUAAUGAAUGUAUUGUUUUUUUUUUCAGAUCAAUUUAGUUUGGUUUAGUUGUUUACUUUAAACCUAAAGCUUUUGUAGCGUUAACAGUGCACUAUCAGUCCUUUAAUAGUUUCUAUCAUUCUCAGUGUUAUACUUUAAAUAGCAACAUUUGUUUUACUUUAUACGUUGCAAACUUUUAAGAAUUUAGUUUCUAUAGGACUUUCAAUACUAAUUACACCUUGCGACUUAAUUUCAGUGCGAGUGUGUGCGCGUGAGAUUCAUGUAGCAUAUCUUCUGUAUGUAUAGACCCUUUUACAGCUAACGUGAUCAAAUAGCCUGCGCGUGCAUUUUGGCAACGGAAGUGAUGUUGUUCCCCAGUGGUUCUAGCAACUACAAAGCUGUGUUAAAAAAGUUGAUAGUCACAUUUUUAAAAUAACUUUCUCUGUGUUGCUUCACUGCUGAUUCUUGCUAUACUUCAGUUGCCAAAAUGCGCGCACAUACGUUGCCACGUCAUCAUUGUGUACAAACACUAAAAGGGUCUAUAGGACAAAGUAUUUGCACAUCCGUUACCCAUCUCUCCAUGUGCGUGUGCCUCCGUGAAAGAAAACGGCACACACAGGCAUGUAGGAGUACUACUAAUUACUUUUGAUGCGAUCAUUGCGUUCCAUCAAAAAAAAAAUCUUUUGUUUGUCACUUUAGGAAUCAUACAUAUUUGCACAAAUCUAAUCAAGGUGCAGCAUUGGUUUCCUUUUAAAAUCUGAUAAGGUUGUCUGACAAUAAAAAAAAAAAAGAUAUGCUCUAUAGAAGAGACAAAGUGUUGCCUUAUACAUGUUUAGAAAUCCAGGUUUAGUGUCAUUGAAGUGCCUCUCAAAUGAAGUUGACAUUUCAAAAUAAGUUGCCAUAUAUUGGUGUUUGAUGCAUUUGAUGCUUGUAAAAGUUGUGCAGGUGACUAAGAUGCAUUUAUUUUCUUUGGAUUCAUCUGGCAUUGCAUCUCUAGUGUCCCUACACAGAACUGUAUUUCAAUAAAGGUUUUAAACAAA